AUGGCGGAGAUUCGCGCCUGGUUGGUCGAGGAAGUGUUGUUGUUGUGUAAGAGCCGGGCGGGGAAGGACGCGCUCAGGGAUGGCGGGGCCGUCAACGUUCUGGAGGGAUGGAAGGGGGAAGAGCAUGCACGCCGUAGUGGGCAUUCUGGAUCGGCGGGAGACACUGGUAAUCUCGAGGCAAAUACCGCAUCGAUGCACUUUUUGGUGGGAAGCCGUUUCGGUCGACCAAUAGAACGUGCACAACUGGAUUGUCAAGGGUAA